AUGUUCAAUAGAGAGGGCAGGUGGCCCGUGAAUUUCCUUAUUUCAGCUGGUCUGACUGUGAGUCCCAGCAGAUCUCAGUUCUUUCAAGGAGACUCUGUGUCUCUGAGCUGUGAGGAGGACAACAGCUCUGCUGGAUGGACUGUGAGGAGAAACACAACCAAACGUCAGUCUGAGUGUAAAGAUGGAUGGGGAGUACCUGAUGGUCUGACCUGUAAGAUGACCUACAUGGAAACAGAUGAUACUGGAGUGUACUGGUGUGAGUCCAGAGAGGGAGCAGCCAGCAGCAGCAUCAACCUCACUGUCUCUGGUGGAUCAGUGAUCCUGCAGAGUCCUGUCCUCCCUGUGAUGGAGGGAGAUGACGUCACUCUGAGCUGUCAAACAAAGACUUCCUCCAACCUCCCAGCUGCUUUCAUUAAAGAUGGCUCCCUCAUCAGGACUGAGCCUGCAGGUCACAUGACCCUCCACCAUGUGACCAGCUCUGAUGAAGGUCUCUACAAGUGUAACAUCAGUGGUCAUGGAGAGUCUCCAUCCAGCUGGAUCUCUGUCUCAGAGAAACCUCCAACCACCUCUCCACCUACCACAAGUCCUGCCAAGGAGAAACUCACCAGCAUCUUGGUCUCCACAAACUCGUCAGGUUCUGGUUCUCCCUCCAGUCCUCUGGUGACUCUCAUCACAUGUGGUUGUGUUCUGGUUUUCCUGGUGUUCCUGGUUGUACUACUGAUACAUGUUCACAGCAAACCUAAAGACAAUAAACGAAGGAAGGAAGAAGAUGAAAUCACAUACAGCGAUGUCAAAAUAUCCCAGAGUAAACCACAGAAAACCAAACCAAGAAAAGAUGACGACGAUCCGGCUGCAGUCUACUCAGCGGUGAGAACAGGGGAAGUGACUUAUGGAGAGAUAGUCAUCAAGAAAAAGAAGGAGAAGUCAAAGACCAGAGGUCUCAUCUUCUUUAAGUGGCUCUUCUUCUUCUGGGGUUUAUUGAUGGUUGGCAAAAACCUGAAGUUGCGCAUUGCCACCACCAGCUGGUCCUUCCCCUUGUUACACAGUGAAAAUGGAGGAAGUUACAUGGCACUUACUACUAUAGAGAAAUGA